AUGAGUGUCUCUGCUCUGAGCCCCUUCAGGUUCGCAGGCGGCAUCUCUGGCUUCCUGCAAGUGGCCUCGGUGCUUGGCUUGCUCCUGCUGCUGCUGAAAGCAGUCCAGUUCUACCUGUGCAAGCAAUGGCUACUCAAGGCUUUCCAGCAGUUCCCAUCCCCACCCUUUCACUGGUUCUUUGGGCAUAAGCAGUUCCAAGGUGACCAGGAGCUACAGCAGAUUAUGAAGUGUGUGGAGAACUUUCCAAGUGGCUUUCCUCGCUGGUUCUGGGGGAGCCAAGCUUACUUUACUGUCUACGACCCUGACUACAUGAGGGUGAUUCUGGGGCGAUCAGAUCCAAAGGCGAAUGGUGCCUACAGAUUACUGGCUCCUUGGAUUGGCUAUGGUUUGCUUUUGCUGAAUGGACAGCCAUGGUUCCAGCACCGUCGGAUGCUAACCCCAGCCUUUCACUAUGACAUUCUGAAGCCCUAUGUAAAGACCAUGGCUGACUCUGUACGGUUGAUGUUGGACAAAUGGGAACAGCUGGCUGCUCAGGACUCCGCUGUAGAGAUCUUUCAACACAUCUCCUUGAUGACCCUAGACACCGUCAUGAAGUGUGCCUUCAGCCACAAGGGUAGUGUCCAGGUGGAUAGAAAUUACAAGACCUACAUCCAGGCCAUUGGGGACCUGAACAACCUGUUUUAUUCCCGUGUGCGGAACAUCUUUCAUCAGAAUGACACUAUCUACAGUCUGUCCUCCAAUGGCCGCUUGGCCAACCGUGCCUGUCAACUUGCUCAUGAUCACACAGAUGGAGUGAUCAAGAUGAGAAAGGAUCAGCUGCAGGAUGAGGGAGAGGUGGAGAAGGUCAAAAAGAAGAGACGUUUGGAUUUUCUGGACAUUCUCUUGUUUGCCAGGAUGGAGAAUGGGGACAGCUUGUCUGACAAGGAUCUACGUGCAGAGGUGGACACAUUCAUGUUCGAGGGCCAUGACACCACAGCCAGUGGAGUCUCAUGGAUCUUCUAUGCUCUGGCCAAACACCCUGAACACCAGCGGAGAUGCAGGGAGGAAGUUCAGAGCCUCCUGGGGGAUGGAUCAUCCAUUACCUGGGAUCACCUGGACCAGAUGCCCUACACCACCAUGUGCAUCAAGGAGGCCCUGAGGCUCUACCCACCUGUCCCAGGCAUUGUUAGAGAGCUCAGCACACCUGUCACCUUCCCUGAUGGCCGCUCUUUACCCAAAGGUGUCUCAGUCACACUCUCCAUUUAUGCACUCCACCACAACCCGAAGGUGUGGCCAAACCCAGAGGUGUUUGACCCUUCCAGGUUUGCACCGGAUUCUUCCAGACACAGCCACUCGUUCCUGCCCUUCUCAGGAGGAGCAAGGAACUGCAUUGGGAAACAAUUUGCCAUGAAUGAGCUGAAGGUGGUUGUGGCCCUGACCCUGCUCCGCUUUGAGCUGCUACCAGAUCCCACCAGGGUCCCCAUCCUCUUACCACGACUUGUGUUGAAAUCCAAGAAUGGGAUCUACCUGUAUCUCAAGAAGAUCCACUAA